UUUUUUUUUUCCCUGAAAUUUUUUUUUAGUGUAAACUAAGCGGGCCUUUCACAAAUAAAAAGUGAAUUGUUACUCACACUCGGCAAACACUGUACACAUAUAUUCGAUUAUAGAUGAAAGAUUAGUCUCCCGAAGGACGUUUUUUACAUUAUCGGCACGCGCUCCUCCCCACGUGUCAGUGUGGAGCAGAGUCAACAUGGUACCUCGAGUUCUGUAGUUGACUCCAGCUACCCGAGUUCUGCUCCUUUGCGCACCACAUUUAUAGACGGUCCUCAAACGGAUGAGGUGGAAAACUGUGCGGUGAAGUGCGCAGGUUGGAUCCUUGAGAUCUACUGCUCCUCUCCUGUGAUACCUUUGUGCCCUUCAGCCUGAUUACGUCAGUAUGGCCAGCGGUGAUGAUGACGACCCAAUUAUAGAGGAGAUUGAUGUGUACCUCGCUAAAGGCCUUGCAGACAAGCUGUAUCUUUUCCAGUUCCCUGUCCGACCUUCCACUAUGACCUACGAUGACGUAAACCACUUGGCGGCUAAGAUAAAACCCAAACAGCAGAGGGUGGAGCUGGAAAUGGCCAUCAACACCAUGAGUCCAAAUUACUGUCGCAGUAAAGGAGAGCAAAUCGCUCUGAAUGUGGAUGGCACCUCUUAUGAUGAAACAAACACCUACGCAGCAAAAAUGAUGGACAAACAGACCUUUUCCUCCAUUCAGGCCACUACAAACACCUCCAGAUAUGCAGCGGCUGUGUUUCGCAAAGGAGAGCUUCACAUCACCCCGCUGACAGGAAUCCUGCAGAUGAGGCCCAGUUUCUCAUACCUGGACAAGGCUGACAAUAAAACUAGAGAGCGUGAGGCAGCCAAUGAAGGUGGCGAUUCUUCCCAAGAUGAAGCUGAGGAGGAAGCCAAGGCCAUUACGGUAAGGUUUGCUCGUCCCGAGUCGGAGCAGGCCCGGCAGAGAAGGAUCCAGUCAUACGAGUUCCUCCAGAAGAAACAGGCUGAGGAGCCUUGGAUUCUUCUGCAGUACCACGGUGUUAAGGACGGGCGGUCGGAGCAUGAAAGGCAGUACCUGUUCUGUCAGUCAGUGGACGCAUCAGAAAACACAGAACUGGUCAAAACUCCAAAGGAGUACUUGGCGAUGCUGAUGCCCCCUCUCGCAGAGGAGAAAGUUGCAAAGCCUGUUGGUCCCAGUAAUGUGCUCUCCAUGGCUCAACUCCGCACUCUUCCACUGGGAGAGCAAGUCAAGACCCUGAUGAAGAACGUCAAGGUAAUGCCGUUCGCUAACCUGAUGGGUCUGCUUGCCUCUGGAACUGACCAGACCUCAGUGCUGCGCUGCAUCCAGCAGGUGGCGCUGCUGGUUCAGGGGAACUGGGUUGUAAAAAGUGAUGUUUUAUAUCCGAAGAACACCUGCAGCGCACACAGCGGUGUCCCUGCUGAAGUGCUUUGUCGUGGCAGGGAUUUUGUGAUGUGGCGAUUCACUCAGGAGCGCUCAGUGAUGAGAAAGGAGAUAACAUCCAUCAUAAAACUUCCGCCAGAGGAUGUGAAGGAGUUCCUUGAGCAUGUGGCAGCUCCUCGAAUAAACCGGGGCUGGGAGUUCCUGUUGCCUACGGACUUGGGCUUCAUUAAGAAACACCCAGAUGUUGCCCAUAGGCAGCAAAUGCUGUGGCUUGGCAUCCAGAGCAAGUUGGAAAAGGUGUUUAAUUUCUCUAAAGAAGACUUUGUGCCUAAGAAUUCCCCUGUUCCCGAGCCUGUCCAUGUCAGCGGGGAGCAGCGUCUGAAGAUGGCUCAGGAGCGAGCUCAAGAAAACCAGCCAUCCUUGCAAAGGGAGCUGGACACCAGGCACGCAGAAAGCAGCAGCCACUUCAAACGGGACCCCAUCGUUGACGGGAACGACGAGCCAAUGGACACUUCUUCCUUAGCCAUUCCCAACGGUUCUGUUAAUGGUUAUGCCAGUGCCACCUCCCCCUGCUUUGACCACGCUAAUGGAGGUAGCCCUGCCAACACGCUGUCCCCGGAGCUGCAAGACUUUGUGAUAAAGACUUUCCGGAAACAUUUUGUGCUGACGUUGAACGAGCUAAAGAGGUUGUUUAACCUCCACCUGGCGUCCAUGCCAGUGGGACAAAACAUCCUCCACUCAGUCUCGGACCACGUGCUACAGGACGCCGUACUGCUCUGCCAGUGCAAACAGAUAAUGGUGCCUUUUCCUGCUCAGAGCAAAGCAGCUCCUGAUGAACAGAAGGUGUUUGGCUUGUGGGAGGCCAGAGAUGACUUCGACAAGCACCGUCGGCUGCUGUACGACUUGUUCACAAAGAACUACCGAAUCAGGAGGAGCAUGAUUCAAAGCAAAGUGGCGCAGGAGUUAGGAGGCUCGUCUAAAGCCGACAUCGACCGGCUGCUUCACGAGUGCUGCAGCAGCCAUGCAGGGAUGUGGUACCUCAAAGGAACGAUACAGUCGUGACCCCAAGAGCCUGCCCCACUGCGUUCACCAUUAGCCAAUUAAAACCCAUCCUGUGUGUUCAGUGGGCGGGCAGUUGGAAGAGGAAGCAAACUGCUGCUGCCGGCCCAGCUUUGAGAGACGGAGGACAAAGGUGGCCGCGUGUUCUGCUCAGAACAAGAAGCUUUUCUUAUUUCAACAGAAAAGUUUCAGACUUUAACGUGAGCACUCAAGGACACAAACUCCAUCAUCGCUGGAGCGUCUAAGGGGAAACUGAAUAUUUAAAGAAAAGAAGAAAUAGCAAGAUAUCUAUGAUACGGUUUAUCAGAACUUUUUUUGCAUCUUUGACCUCAUGUUGGAUUAUGUUUCUUACCAGAUCAGAAUGGUGUUUACAGUUGGAAGCAGCCAUGGCUCAGAGGGCUUUCAUGUUGCUCCAGAUUCAGCCAAAGAACAUGUUUUACUUUAUUAGCCCAUCAAUAAUAAGCAUUGUUUAAAGUCUGGUAGGUUGAAAUGGAAAAUUCCACCUGGUAAUUCGGCACAUUUUAUUUAAAUCUGAAUCUUGUUUAGGAAUUUCAGCUUAAUUUCUCCCACUCUAAGGAAGAACAGAAAUAUAUGAAGGCACUUAAAUAAAAGGCUGAAUUCAUUAAGACAAAAGGGAAAUAGAAAAACUAGUAAAAAAACAAAAACAAACAAGAAAUCAAUUUACUGCCUCAGUUUUCCUGCAGUUCAGUGUGCAAUGAGUACAUGUCUGAUUAUCAAGAUUGAGGACUGAGUGAAUUACGUUUGAAAUGUUGAAAGUUUUUUUUUCUUUUGGUCAACUAGGUUUUCAGAUGGUUUUUCUUGGAAUGACUGAUUUAGAAGAUAACUAAUAAAGAUGCAUUUUGGAGUAAAAUCUUGUCAUACUCUGCUCAGAAAUCUCACUGUAUAAACACAAGUGUAGUUCAUUAACAGCAGUAGUGUGAUGCGGAGAGGCUGCUUUUGCCAUGUGCUGCUAUCUUGAGCUUUCAUCUUAAGUGCCUCGACCUUACAAGGCAUUCAGGACACUUGCUGAUGAGACAAUUCUUUGAUUUCUGUGGUAGAAAUAUGAAUCAAGCGCUCAACAUUUCUGAUUAAGUUUCUACAACAAAUGAUAACUAAUUUGUUUUAUUGGUUUAUUCUGUUCAAUAAACACUCAAGUGUC